CUCCCGCGGCGCGCGCGGAGGGUGCGCGAGGCGGGGCUGUGGCGGCUGGAGGUGGCAGCGGCGGCGGCAGCGGCGGCAGCGACACGUCCCAGUCGGACUGAGUCUCCCACCAUCCUGAGCAGGCCUGGAAUGGGUAAUGGUGUGAAGGAAGGCGUGGUGCGUUUGCGUGAGGAUGCUGAGCCCGUCCUGCCCGCUCAUGUGUCUUCAAAGGCCCCUGAGGGCGCCUGGUCCGAGCGGACUUCACAGGUUCCCGGGAUCACUGAGCUACCUGCUUCUCACCAUCCUGGUGCACUGCAGAGUGAGGACAUGUGGGGCAUGUCCAGAAGAGCACUUCCAGAAAGUUCUGUGGCUGAGUCAGCAGAGGGGAUGGAGACUCCAACCAGAUGAGCAGAGUGAUCACAGGCAAGUUCUUAGCUCCCUCCUGUCAGGGGCCCUGGCUGGCGCUCUUGCCAAAACGGCGGUAGCUCCCCUGGACCGAACCAAAAUAAUCUUCCAAGUGUCCUCAAAAAGAUUUUCUGCCAAGGAGGCCUUCCGGGUCCUCUACUUCACCUACCUCAACGAAGGCUUCCUCAGCCUGUGGCGCGGAAACUCGGCCACCAUGGUGCGCGUGGUGCCCUACGCCGCCAUCCAGUUCAGCGCGCACGAGGAGUACAAGCGCCUACUGGGCAGCUACUACGGCUUCUGCGGAGAAGCCCUGCCCCCUUGGCCCCGCCUCCUCGCUGGUGCACUGGCUGGAACUACGGCCGCUUCGCUGACCUACCCCCUGGACCUGGUCAGGGCACGGAUGGCCGUGACCCCAAAGGAAAUGUAUAGCAACAUCUUUCAUGUCUUCAUCCGCAUCUCCCGAGAAGAGGGGCUGAAGACCCUCUACCACGGAUUCAUUCCCACCGUGCUGGGGGUCAUUCCCUACGCCGGCCUGAGCUUCUUCACCUACGAGACACUCAAGAGCCUGCACAGAGAGUACAGCGGCCGCCCGCAGCCCUACCCCUUUGAGCGCAUGAUCUUCGGGGCCUGCGCGGGCCUCAUCGGGCAGUCGGCCUCCUACCCGCUGGACGUGGUGCGGCGGCGCAUGCAGACAGCCGGCGUCACGGGCCACCAGCGCACCUCCAUCGCGCGCACGAUGCGCACCAUCAUGCGGGAGGAGGGCGUGGUGCGCGGCCUCUACAAAGGCCUGAGCAUGAACUGGCUCAAGGGUCCCAUCGCUGUGGGCAUCAGCUUCACCACCUUUGACCUCAUGCAGAUCCUGCUGCGGCACCUGCAGAGCUAGGGGCCAGUGGGGUCGGCUGCUCUCGAGCUUCAGUUCGCGGUGGACCGCUGACCCCUUCUGUUUCUGAGCCCAGCGAGCAAGGGUGCGCUGGUUCCACCUAGGAGGUGCGCGGAUGUGCCUUGUGGGACAAGCUCGGGGGGCCCGGGCUCAGUGCGCACAGGUCUGAGGGGAAAGCCAGUGGCCCUCGAAGUGCAUUGUUGGGACCGGGGUGGCCGGAGCUCCCGUGCUCUCCUCUUCCCACCUCAGCAGGGCUGGGGCUGCCCCGGGAGGUAUUACCAUGAACGCCCUGAGUGACGAGGGGCCAGCAGUGCUUCCUGGUGCGCUCUGUGUCCUUGGACAGGCCCCUGGUUCUAGUGACCUGGUCUCCCCUGGGCUCAGAGCCAGACCCCGCCUGCCCCUUGUUGUUCUGA